AUUAAGGAACAAGAUAACGCUGGGACGGGCUCAUUAUUGCAAUGUGAUGGACGACGGACAAAUCAUUUAUAAGACCAACGUGGACAAGGAAAGUGGGUCAACAACGUACUUUGGGCACUUCAUAAGCAAGACACCAUUCAAUAGGGAGUUGCUGGAAUUUUCCGUCAAGGUGAUGGAGAUGGAUGAUGGAAGGUUGUUUGGAAUAGGCAUCAGUGAACCUGACGUGACGACCAAAGAAGUUUUCAUAGGUUGGUUACCAGGCACUGUCGGUUACCAUGCGGACAACGGGCAGCUAUAUGCUGGCAGUGGCUCUGGAACGUUAAAUUUCCGUAAGCAGCCGUCAACCUUCGACUGUAAAAUACAAAAAAAUGAUGUAGUUACCGUGAAAAUAGUCCCCGCGGAAGGAUUCAAGCUACAGUUUGACAUGGAGGGAAACUUGGACUCGCAGCAAACUGUUCUGGUUGAGUUUUACAAAAAUGAUGUUUUGGUGCACAGCAUUCCUCACACCAUUUUUGCGGAUGGGCUUUACCCAGCUCUUUCAUUGCGUGGGGCAACUGUAGAAUUGUUGAACUUUUACCCAGAAACAGACGAGUUGUGGAAGGAAAUAGAGCAAAUGGGCCUCCCAAAGGUGGAUAAAAAGGAGCAGGAAGACCCAAGUUCUCAGAAAUUCCAUGGAACAGAAUUCCUGGUUGUUGCCCUGGCAACAAGCAAGUCUGAUCCAGCUGGAAAGUUGCAGGUUGUUCAGCAACAGCUUGAUUUCAAUUCUGAUUGGCUGGCUCUGAAAAAUGUUACCACGGCAAUCAAAGACAUGGAGAGGGACCUCUCCUUGCUGGAUUUUGAGGAUCAAGUAAGAUAUGGGCGCCUUGCAAACAUUCGAGACAACAUGAAGCACUUUCAGGAGUGCAGCAAGAACAGGAUCCACUUCAAAGGCGUUAACCUUGCCUUGCAAUCAGCUGUAGAGGAUCGCAAAUCUUUUCUGGACGAGCUGGUUGCCUGUGAAAAGAGGUUUGGGGAACACAGAGCAGGCGCAGGGUUCCUGUCCGAGACCUCAGAGUCGGUCAGAGGAAAGAUACUGUCGGAACUCACGAACAAAAAAGUGAUGACGAUGGCUGAUAUUGAGCAUGUAUUCAGUGCUGAUAAAGACAACAUGGUUACCAUGGCAGCUGUGCAGGCAAUUUUGAAGCAUCUUCAGAGCAAGGGCCGCUUACUUAUUCUGGGAGAUGGAGAGGUCAAGCUUAUCGCUGAUUUGGAGUAUGUUUUAAUGCUGCAAGAGAGUGUGCUGACAUCAAAGCCAGCUAAAAGUCUUCUGGACACUUUGGCAGUUCCUGCCAUUGGCAAAGGAACAAUCGUAUGGGACCGGACCAUGCUUAAUCACAACAUAAUUCAGGAUGUUUCAAGUUCUGAACAGGUUUAUCAGCUAUUGAUCACCCACCUUGCAUUGGUUGGCUUGCCGUGUUUGCGUAACCAGCCUUCAGAUGUAAAAGAGAUUUAUUUCUCUUAUGAGAGGCUGAUAAACCCAGCCAUUCCAUUGAGUGACUUUUGGACACCUGGCAUGGACAGAAAGGACUUCAUCAUUGUAAAGCAGACGUACAAGUUCCUGAUUCGAUGCCCAGAGUUUGUACUGCCGCUCAUUGCUGCCAACACAGUCCAAUAUGGCCGCCUCAUCAUGGCGACGUCUGAAGGGGUGGUCUAUCAGAAUGGGGCAGUGCAGACUGUUAUCGUUCAAGAAAAAGAUAAAAGGAGCAUCCUGGUUGAGUCCUGCUGCUACAUGCCGUCCAUUGAGGAACUCACUGCGGACCUGAUGUCAAAGGAAACGCCUGCCUACGUCACGGACUACACCUUCCACGUGUUCUCCAUCUUUACGGACAUUAUCACGGACCUCCUGGCGAGACUUCGUGUAACAGUGAACAUUGUGAAGGAGUAUCCACAAAACUUAGUGAAGACUUCCGUCGCUUGCAAGCAUGACUGGCGCCCGGCAAGAGACUCUGAUAUCAAGCAGACAGUGUGCACUCUGUGUAACAGAUGUUGUGGGAAGGGAACCGACUGCGAAUGGAACGGCAUUGUUACUGAUCAUCUGCGUCACUGCGAAUGCGGCACUCAGAAGGUUGGCUGCAACGGCUGUGGCAUAUGCAGGAGUUGUGCCAACCACCUGUGGUCUUUAAAAGCACGGCUGCGACCCCACGCCUUGAUGAUGGCAGAAGUUACUUCAACAAUUUCCAACCAAAUGAAGAAAAAAGAGACACCCAAAUCAGACAGCAAUGACAAGGCCGAUGGUACCGCAGACGAGAACAAGGUUCCAGCCAAACAGGCUGCUGUUGACUUGGCGUCCAGGCCACAUAUACCCCUCGAUCCACACGUCUUCAACGAGGUUGAGUUCAUCAAUCUGGGAUCAGAAGCAAAGUUUCUGUGUCUGAAAGAGGAGUCAGACGGGUCGAUAACAAAGGUGUUCCCAGGAUCAGCAGCCCAUAUAGACGAUUUUGCUGACUUUGACAAGACUGCUGGGGCAAAGCCCGAUGAGUUUCGACUCCAUGGCGAUAAGUUUCGACUCCAUGUUGGGGACCACAUCAGACUUCACCUUUCAGACCCCUCGCAUGUCAGUCUGGAAACUGAAAAGGCAGAGACAGGAACCGUUCGUCUGCCAAUAGAGCCACAGUAUUUUGUGAAUAUUGGGCGCGAAGUGAAGGUCAUUCAUGAAACGGGAAUUGUUGUAUAUGACACAGCUUCAACAAAUAUUCCAGUUGGACAACUGAUCAGCUGCAAAAAAAUGGACAAAAACCACAGCACGUUUUCCAUCAAGGUUGUUACUACUGGAGAAAUAGGGGCAAUUUCAAUGGGCUUGGCACCGGCUAAUUACGAUCCAAACCGCCAGGCUGGUUGGAACUCACAGUCCAUUGGUUACCAUGCCGAUGAUGGAGGAAUAUUCCUUGAGUCUGGUUGGCCGAAUAGAAGAACAGAGCCCUGCACAGUGGGGGAUAUCAUGAGUCUUGAAAUUGACUUCACUAAGGACAAAGGGUUCUUCAAAAAGAAUGGGAAACAGAUGAUUGAGUUGAACUUGAAUCCAAACAAGCUGUCCUACUACGCUAUGAUUGGGUUUCACUCAGUGGGAGAGUCUGUGCAGAUCCUCGACAAAGCAUUGUGGCAAGUGGAUGACCCAGACUCUGAGAAAAACAUAGCACCACCAGCUUUUGGCACUUUCAAGUAUGGAAACCUCUGGAUCAGCCCUGGAGAUGAAAUGAAGUUGUCUAAGACGUCAAGCCAGAAUUUGUCUGGGUGGUUGUUACUUCAUAACCCCAUCAAGGACCCGGUUGGAUUCAAGGUUCAGUUUGGUGAUCAGGAAGUGUUUGGAUUUUUUCAAAAUGAGAAGGAAAAGGAUUGGGUGUACAAUUUCAAAGAAAAAAUCAAUCUGGAAAUCAAGCCACUGUUUACAUAUGUGAAGUGGGUGAGUCUAGAAUCAGGCCGCACUUACACCAUGGACGAUAUUCAGGCGCUGUUUGGAGAUACCAAAGUGACCUCUAGUAGUGUCAGCCACACUCACAGGAUACCAAUUGUAAGAAAAGAGAGCAACAGCACGGUUGAACAACUGCCUACCAGAUCCCAAAUGUCUGCAAGCCAAAUGCAGAACUCCCUCUGUCUUGCUGUGUAUCGCAAUCACGGACUGGUUGAGGAGUUUUGGAUCAAACAUGGCAGUUAUCAAGUAUCUGUUGAAGCCUUUGAAAAGAAUGCCAGCUUCAUUCUCAAGUAUCCAAAAUGCCCAACCUUCAACUAUCCACGGCAGUUGCAGAAAGGAAUGAAGCUGAUUGUUUGUUUAGAAAAGGGAGUGAAGUACGCAGAAAGCGUGAUAGUGGAGGUGUACACAGGAGGGAAGAAUGUGGCUGUGGAGUACUCUCCCCCUGGCGCAGCUGUCAACACAACACUUUGCGUGAAUACAAACUCGCAUGCACUGGUUUUCCCUGAAUCGGAAUUUGAUGUUGACAAGGCGGUUAUUUUUAACUACGAGACAAGAAACACCCCAGCAAACGUGGUGGACACUUUUGUUCAAGCUCCCCACUAUCUGUUGUCGGAGGGAAGCCUGAAGAUUAUGCGACUGCUGCAUCCAGAGUGGAAACUCAACAUGCUACGAAGCUUCAGCAGAUGUGUCCAGCAAGUCACCAGACUCACUGUUCAAGAGCGUCAGAUCGUGAAUGCUUCGAGACAUAUCCUUGAGUGGGAGAAGACGCUAGAAAUGACAGAGCGGGUGUACCUCUACACAAUGCUUCCAGAACAGUUGUCAGACAGAAGGAUGGCAUUUCCAAACAUCUCACAGAUAUUCACGGACAUUGAUGUUCACAGGCUAUGUUUCAAUCCAUCGGAGCUUCUGGACAUAAUGCAAACACAGGAUGAAUAUGGUAAGGGCAGCUCAUCGAAGGUCAGGUUCCGGGUGCCCGUACAUUUUGUAGACAUUCCUGGCAUCAAACCGUCGCAGCCCCUGACCUUUGACCUCAAGUACUCGGACAGAAAUAAUGUGUGGACCUAUGUGGCACUCAUCUCAUCAAAGUUACUGCUUCCAUCGUAUGAGAAAUUCAUGGUGCAAGCGUCUGGAGACAGCUAUCAGUUCUCUCGCAGGCAUUUAGAGGUCCUUUUGUACCGUCUGCUGCAAACGUACACCUCGCUGUGUGCCGUGUACAGUACAACAUGGGGAGGAGUGGCAUUAACAAAGGACAAUACAGGCAAUGACAUGAAACAUUCCAUUGCCCACAAGGACAAGGAGAAUUUACAGAUGUAUGGGUCGCUGUUGGAGUCGGAGACAGGCCUUGUAGAAAGCAAGCACAAACUUUUGAAAACUUCUGGAUGCACGCUGUGUAAGGCACAUUUUAACUCAAGGGGAAAUGUUUGGAAGGAUGACCAACACAACAUUUUCAGAGAUGACUUUUUCGAGCCGUACAAUGAGUUAGUAACAAAUUUCCAUUGGUCCUUGGCCUCACUGGAGUCGUUGCCUGACGAUUUCUUUUCACGAUUUCCAAACCUGGAGAGGUUUCGACUAGGCCAGCCAAGAACUCCCAGAAUGACAAAAUUGAAGAGCCUUCCUCCAGGGAUUGGGAUGGCUAGAAAGCUUACGCUCGUGGAGAUGACCAACAUGGGAUUAUCUGCGUUACCAGACGACUUCUUCAUGAGUAAAUCUGUGCUCUGGAUGACUGUCACAAACUCACCAAUCAGACAGCUCUCAAAGGAAUGGCCCAAGAACAGUCCACUAGAAGUUCUAGUGCUAGCAGACUUACAGCUGGAGUCAUUGCCGGAGGAGUUUGGUAGCCUGCACAAUCUUGAGCAGCUGGAGCUCUGUUACAACCCCCUUACUGCCCUGCCUGAGUCCUUCGGAGAGCUCAGCAAACUGCACCUGCUCAAACUCAUUGGUCCACCGUGGAUCAAACUGAUGGGUCAAAGGUCACAAAUAACGAGGGACAUGUACAUGGAAUUUUGGACUCAGCACGGAUCAAUGGAAGACUAUAUCGGAGGAGAAGAGAAAGUCAUAGAGAUGUUUGACAAGUAUGACUACAACCACAAUGGCAGCCUCGAUGAAGAAGAAAUAGCCGCUCUCAACACUGAGCUGUUCUUCCUUAUACCCAGACUGGGCAUUCAUGAAAUAAACAAUGAGGUGACUGGCGGUAUUCCACCAGUGAUAUACAAGCUGCGCAAUCUCUCCGCCCUUCACCUUGACUUCCAGGCUGUAACCAUGGUACCGGCGGACAUCACCAGACUGCAGAACCUAGAGCAACUCUCGCUGAGUGACAGCAUGUUCCUGGGAUCACUGCCAGGGCCAUUGGGGCACCUGCCAAACAUCAAAUCAAUUGCCAUCCAGAGCUGUCCCCAACUGCGUACCCCACCCACUGAGAUCGUGAGUCGUGGGUUCGAGUCUGUGAAGGCGUACCUCAAGCGUCUGGCAGGCGGCUUUACUGAGUGCAGACGCACUAAGCUCAUGGUGGUUGGUCUUGGAGGCGCAGGAAAAACAAGUCUGAUUCGAGCCCUAAUGGCGAAGGAUAAGAAGACUGCGGGGACUGAAAAAGAGACGCCUACAGACGGUAUCGACAUUAAACCCUGGACCGUAUCGAGUGAGUCAGGUCAGGAGAUAACAUACAGUACGUGGGAUUUCGCAGGCCAGGCUGUUUACUACAACACGCACCAGUUUUUCCUCUCCAAGCGUGCCGUGUACCUGUUGCUAUGGAGCAUGCGUCAAGGUUAUGAGCAUGCGGGCCUUGACUUCUGGUUGAGCUCCAUCUGUUGUCACGCACCUGGGACACCCAUCAUAGUUGUAGGAACUCAGUGUGAUUUGAUUCCAAAGGCAGAAAUCCCAGAAAAGGAACUUCUGGAGAGAUAUCCGCAGAUAGCGAGUUUCCACCGUGUCAGCUCCAUAACGGGCAUUGGAAUAUCAGAUCUUCAGAAAAGCCUCCUUGACGUCACACUACAGCAAGGUUACAUGGGGGAGAAGAUCCCAAAAGUUUGGCUCAACUUUGAAAAUCGCAUCUUGAGCGAACGAAUGAAGAAGAAAAACUACCUAAAGUGGGAAGUCAUCCGUCAAUUUGCUUUGGACCAAGGAAUCUACUCCGAGCGAGAUGUAAAGAUGGCGGUUCAGCUUCUCCAUGAUCUCGGGACCAUUCAGUACUUUGAUAAUGACUUCCUACGGGAUUACGUCGUUAUCAAUCCACAGUGGAUUGUGGACGUGAUGGCCUGUGUUGUCUCGGCACAGAGCUCGCCCAUACAGCAAAACCAUGGAAGGUUCUUGCACGAGGACAUUCCCAAGGUGUGGGCGAAGUAUGACCCGGAGCUGCACCAGUGGCUUCUACGUCUGACCGAGGACUUUGACCUCACCUUCCCCCUGCCAUCGGAGCCUGUCAACAUUGUGCCCUGCCUGCUGCCUGGGGAACAGCCGGAUGACGUUUCUUGGGAAAACUUUGGCAAGAAAGAAGGUGUGCGUGAAACAAAGAUGGUCUACCGAUUCACCUACCUCCCUUCUGGUCUUUUUAAUCGUGCUCAGGUGCGUUUAUUCCAACUCUCAGAUGGUGAGAAAGUCUGGAAGAAAGGCUCACUGUUAACAAAGAACAAGCACUCAGCCUUGAUCAAACAGACUGACAAUCGAGAGCUGGUCGUGUUCGUACGCGGGCCACGUCCAGAGAACAUCCUGUUCCUGAUCCACGAGGUCUUUGAGAGCAUUAUAGAGGAGUCGUUUAAUGGAGUUUCAUACGACCUUUACCUACCCUGUCCUGACUGUGUGGAAAAAGAGGGGACUACAGAUCCAGACAUGCUUUGUGCCAAACUGAUUCAGCGGGCAAAGGACUUGAAGGCUCCAUUCAUUCAAUGCUACAAAUACUUCCACUGGAUCUCCAUGGCACAGUUACAGGAGAAAAUGCCUGCGGACAGUCGGGAGAUGGCAGAAUUUGAUUUUCAUCUGCAGCAAAGUAUCGUGGCCCUUGAGGAGCUGAACAGUGACCUUGGUGUGGAUGUAGCCAUCCUGUACAGUCGUCUGGACCUGCCUCAGGCUGGGGACGAUGAUGCUCUGUCGCCACUGCAGAUACGAGACGAUAUUGUAGAGUGGGGUCAUACUUGUUGGUUCCCAGAGAACAUCGACACUGUAUCCUUCAUUGACCUGUCGACCGCAAUCAAGAACUGCAAGAUCCUGAUAGCACUGGUCUCAGAUCACUUUGAACGCGACAGACAAUGUGCGGACAUUUUCCUUCAUGCUCGUGAGACAAUGAAAAAGGCGACCAUCGUUGUAGUGCUUGGAAAGAGCAUGGAAUGGGAAAAGAAAGACUUGGGCAUGAAGAUUGGGCAACAGGAGCGCAAAUUGAUGGCAAAGACACGAUCACGCUACGAAUGUGCAAAUGGUCGCAGGGAUGAAUUAAAAGAAUGGCUGACUGAAAUUCUACAAGGAAUUAAAGAGAAAGAGGUCACAAUGCCAGAAGUUUUCAUCAGUUACUGCCAGAGGAAUUCCUACCUGGCAACAAAGAACCAAGAGAAAUACAACGAGAGUGCCCUUGGGUAUGGUGACCCACGUGACCUAUGCUUCCGGCUUGAACAUGAGGGGAAAUUUAAUUGCUGGAUUGAUACAGAGUACAUUGGCAAGGAAAAGAAAGGAAUUUUUGCUGAUAUGGCUGUUGGUAUAAGGAACAGUAAAGUUUUUGUGGCAUUUGUUUCAGAUGAGUAUGCAGAGUCAGAUAACUGCAUGAUGGAGCUGAGAUUUGGCAUCUUGAACAUGGGUCUGCCUGUCGUGACUGUAGUUGUUGGCACAGGGAGCAAGUGGAAGCAAACUGAGGUUGGCAUGCUACUGGCUAGGGCAAAGGCGUCCGAGGUCUACCUGCAGAAGGAGAACCCUGAAGGGAUCAAAGUACUCAUGCAGUACGUGGGAGAGGCGUUGACGACACAAAAACUCACGGAAAAGAAGAACGCUGAGGCAUCUGGGAAGGAUAAGAAAAAGCAUGUCAAGCUCGCUGAAGUGGACACUGAGAAAAAAGGCAAUUCCUCUGUGGCUUAUCAGGAGGAGGUUGAGUUGAUUCAGCGCAAGUUCAUGCGCCACAUCCUCGGCUCUAUAGCUUCUCUGGAUCAGAUGCCGAUGCCGAGACUCAUCGUUGUGGACUUUGUGAAGGACAGCAGCUCUAAAGGGAAAUCGGAGGAAGGGCGUGAGAGUUCCGUCGGAAACACAAAAUCAUACAGGAGGACUCAACGUGUUCCAAUAUCUAAGAAAGGGGGGUCGACCAAGGUCAUCAAGGGACAGACUCAAUCUUUAACAAGGGACAGACUCAAUGUGGACGAAAACUCUCUUGAAGAGACAGAUGACUUUGAUGACUGGAGCACGGAGAGCUUCUGUAUACAAGUCCUGUGUGAACAUGAACAGGGCUGGCACUUGUGCCCACAGAAAUUUCCACUGGCGUUCAGAAAUCGGGAACAGCUGGAGGUGUUUCUUCAGAAGGCUGCGCCGUACCUAUACCGUAUCUACACCAUCCUCAAGCAGGGCCCCAUCAAAUUGAAAUGCUUCUCUCCUGGAAAAGGAAAGGCCUACCUUGACUGGAUUCGACAGGUCUGCGAAGACAACCUUGACUUUGUUGAAGCGUUGACGCACUUACGGUCUGAACUUGCUAAGGACGAGACGAAGGAAAUCUCGGGAUGUCUGGCCCGGUGUCGUCUGCCAAGCGGGAAGAUUGUCUGGCUGUGCGGAGAGCACCAGCAGAUGCAGAGAGUGUCCAAGCUGAGCACGGGCAACAGCGGGGGAUCCUACAGUCGCAAGGUGGUCCUGUACACGGAGGAUAAGCUGAUGAGUGAGAGAAUAAUCGAGUCUGCCGAGUACAAGGUGUUGAAGGCCGGGUCAGACAAGCAUUUGGAUCCUGUAAAACCAGGACCUUUGAGUCUUAAACAGCCCAAAGAUGAAGAGGUUGUUGCUCUUAAUGAUAGCAAAACAGAAAAAGAUGAGACACCUGACAGCGAAGGAAAUAAUAAAAAGGUUGGGGAUGUAGAAUCAAAAGCACUCAACUUAUUGAAUGUACAUGACAAAAAGAUUGAUUCUGACACAAAAUCAGAGGCCAUCUUAUUGAAGGAACCUGACAAAAAGAUUGAUUCUGACACAAAAUCGGAAGCCAUCUUAUUGAAGAGACCUGACAAAAAGAUUGAUUCUGACAUUAAAUCAGAAGGCAUCUUAUUAAAGGGACCAGACAAAAAGAUUGAUUUUGACACAAACACGGAAGCCAUCCUAAUUGAAUCCGAAAAAAAGAAGAUACAAUCAGAUAUUCUUCAAUCAGAGAAGGAUGAGAUCAAAUCAGUUAGAACUAAAUUUUUCAAACGUAUCAUACAGUCGUCUGAACCUGUAUCUGAAAAACACACCGUAGGGGCAGAUCGACCUGAAGUGCCUUUGACAAAGAAUGUUGUUGAAGAUUUUAUAAAGGAAGACACAACCGAUAAAAUCAUUGAGGCAAUCCAAGAAACGAAUGAUGCUGAAGUUAGAAAUGGGACACAUUUGGAAUACACUGAGUCAGCAAUUGACAUUGAAAAGUAUCAGAAAACUCAAAAAUUUGCACAGCAAACUCAGAUAGAACAAAAAGAGGACGUAAAACAGAUGCUUCUUGAGUCUGACAAUAAGGCCAUACGCAAAGCUCUGAAAGCAUCGAACACUAGCCAGCUGGUCAGCAAAUCAAGAAUGGUUCAGUCCACUGAUUCCAGGGUACAACUACCACCAAACCCGGCCAGCAAGUAUGGAAGUAUUGCUCGAGGAAGCAACGUGAAGCGCUUAAUGACCCAGUCGUCAGCUACAGAACUGAACAAACAAGACGUUUCCAUUGCCCAUUCUAAGAUCAAAUCUACCCGUUCUGACGGUGGAUUGCCUACUAUGGAUGCCUCUCUCAACAUCACACCUGUGAAACAGGGCUCCUCGGCUAGUAGCGUAUCAAGCGUGGAAAGUAGAACAAGUGGAACUGUGAAGGAUAAGAAGUCCGAAGUGCAUCCUUUAGAAAGGGUGCGGCCUAGAAAAAUCAAUGUGAGGCCACAGAGCGAUAAAGACAACGGGAAAAAGGAAAGUGGACCGUCUUUUGCUGCUACAGGUCGUUCAGUGCAAAAUCAAGACCGAAGCCCUGCUGGGGGUAACCAGAAGACUAGCAAAGCAUGCAGCCUACAGUAGAAGUUGUUACAAUCCUGAUGGAGCCCUGGAAGCCUGAAUAAGGGGCCACUAGGAGGUUAUUUUAUUAAUUGGUAAUAGAUUCCUGGUUGUCUUCAAGGUUGUAUGUUGCGACAAAGACAGACGGAUGUUGUACUUGUAUUUGGGUUAAGCAACAAGAACAAAUGUCCAUGGUUACUUGACAUUGUACCUCAGGCAUUAAACAGAGGAUAGCCUUCUCUGUGGUGUUGAUACUUUAAUUAUCUGAUACUGUAAUUAUUGGCAAAGUUUUCAUUCUGAAAGUUUGAAGGUCCUUAUAAAUUAAAUGUUUAGUAGCGUUUAUGUUGGUAUUUCGAUUGAUAGAACUUUUAUGUUUAAUUUCCAGAGACUUUUCGAAGUAUAUUAUAAAAUCCUUGUUUUAAGGUGACAUCUGAAUACGUAUUUAUUGGAAAAUAAUUGUAUAUGGUGUUUAAGUAUGGGUUUAUGAUGAAAAAUGUUAGUUUGAUAGACUGUAUUAUUGAUGUUUAUUACAAACUAGUAUACUCUCUUUUGUACAACCUCAUAUUGUUUCUUUCUUUUUAUGCAUUUCCUUGUACAUUCUAAUUGAUCUGAACUGCAUCAUAGCAUAACAUCUCAUUUUUGAAUAUCAAUUGCUUUUUUAGUUUGCAUUAAUGUAUUUCUAGAGAAACUAUAAUAGAAUAUGUGAAUUAUUGUUAAGUUAUUUGUUACAUGUUAUUUUUAUAUUUGUUUUACAACAAAAUAUACAAAUUAAAUGUGAUAUUCUGUUGCAUUUUUAAUUUACUUUCACUUAUAAGCAUAAUUUUUUUUAUUCACCAAGCACAAUUUAGCGUUUUAUUUUUUGGUAACACACAUUUAUUGGUUACAUGUAGUUGAAAUUUUGUUUCAUUACUUAAGUUAAUUUCUAUACAAUAAGUAAUACGUUUUCAGUUUAAAUUUUGUAUUGAACAUUUAUGUUAAUACUGUUAUGACUUUCUGUUUCUAUUAUAUUAUAUUUGUA